AUGAAUGGAAGCGAAACUAAAAGUAAUGAUAAGCCAUCUGAUUCCACAGACUCUAAUGAGUCAAAAGCAGAAGGAACAGAGAAUAAUAAUAGCAGUAACAAUGCUGCUACUGCUACCACAAAUGCUAGUGUGCCAGCUGCAUUACCUUGGGAACAGCUUCAACAGACAAUGUCGCAAUUCCAACAGCAGAUGGAGCAAGCUCAAUCUGCAAAUCCUCAAAUGGAUGCUGCUGCUGCCGCUGCUGCUGCUCAUGUAAAAGCCGAUAUAUCAAAGGACAACUGUAAAAUGUUCAUUGGUGGUUUGAAUUGGGAAACAACUGAAGAAACAUUAAGAGAUUAUUUCAACAAAUAUGGCCAUGUCACCGACUUAAAAAUAAUGAAAGACUCGAACACUGGUAGAUCCAGGGGUUUUGGUUUCUUAACUUUUGAACAUCCUUCAAGUGUUGAUGAAGUUGUCAAGACACAACAUAUUCUUGAUGGUAAAGUUAUCGAUCCAAAAAGAUCCAUCCCAAGAGAAGAACAAGACAAAACUGGUAAAAUAUUUGUUGGUGGUAUUGGUGCAGACGUAAGACCAAAAGAAUUUGAAGAAUUCUUUUCUCAAUAUGGUAACAUUAUCGAUGCUCAAUUAAUGUUAGAUAAGGAUACUGGUAGAUCUAGAGGUUUCGGGUUUGUCACAUAUGAUUCUCCAGAUGCUGUUGACAGAGUUUGUCAGAGUAAAUACAUUGAAUUCAAAGGUAAACAGAUUGAAAUCAAGAGAGCACAACCAAGGCACUUACAAAAAGGUCAAUAUGGUGGUGCUAAUCCAAAUAACAGAAAUAUUCAAUAUCAACAAACAGGUGCCAUUGGACAGGCUCCUGCUAAUGCAAUGUAUCAAAAUCCUAUGAUGGCUGGUUUCAACCCAAUGAUGGCGGGUUUCAAUCCUCAAGCAAUGACUGAAUACUAUCAAAAAAUGCAAGAAUAUUAUCAACAAAUGCAACAACAGACUGGUGUUGAUUACACGCAGAUGUACCAACAACAAAUGCAACAAAUGGCCAUGAUGAUGCCAGGUUAUACAAUGCCAGCAGGCACUCCUGGUUCCGGAAACCCUUCCGACAUGGCAACACCUGCUACACAAUCGCCUUCCCGCGAUAAUGACAACACCACCGAUAAAGAUGGCAGUAACGUACAAACGAUUGGAGGUGAAGAUAUCAACAAAGAUUCUAAUGGCUCCAAUUCAGCUUCACAGACACCUGAAAUAAGUCUACCAAGGGGACCAAGGGAUCCUUCCUCUAUCCCGCCUCCAAAUCAUGGAUAUUCAUCACAACCUCGUGAUCGUGGUUACCGUGGUGGCAAUCGUAACAGAAAUAAUGACAACUAUCGUAAUAAUUCAAGCGGUGGUGGUCAUCGUGGACGCGGUGGUUACAACAGACGUAAUAACGGUUAUCAUCCAUAUAACAGGUAA